GAUGUCAACACGACUCCUCGCAAGCACUGGCCCUUGGAGGCCCUGCGCAGGACCUUCGAGGAGAUGCAAGCGGACGGCCCGGUGGAUCUGCUGAGCCGCGAGCUUUUGCUGAGCUCGCUGCACCCAGGACAACACUUCGUGCGCACGGCCGCCUUCGCCAAUUCCGUUGGGCUUUCCUCGGUUCUCGGGCACCUCAUUGGCCUGGGUGACCGGCAUUUGGACAACCUCCUCUUGGACUUGACCACUGGGGAGGUAAUCCACGUGGACUACUCCAUCUGCUUCGACAGAGGGGCCCGGCUCAGGGUGCCAGAGCGCGUGCCUUUCCGCCUCUCGCGCUGCAUGGUGCACGCGCUGGGCGCCUUGGGCGUCGCGGGGCCUCUGCUGUCCACGAUGGAGCUCGGCCUGGGACUCUUGGCCGAGUGGCAAGAGCUUUUCGUGGCUCUUGCUGGGCCAUGCCUUCUUCUGGCCCCAGUGAACGAUUGGCUCUACCCAGUCACAAGCCCUUUCAAGUUGAUCGCGCCGGCGCCGGCGAAAGCCCUCCAGGCCCACCAGGAGCCGUCGCCCCAACCGGCUCCCACGCCGCCGCCGGGUCCAGAGACACCACCAGAGGACGCGACCCAGAGCCAGGGCAGCGAGACCAAUAUAUUGGACUCGAAGCUGGCGUGGCCGCCGCUGGGACCGGUUGCCAAAGCCUCGGCUGCGGCUCCAACUACCGAGGCUGGAAGUGACGACCUGAUGGACGAGGAGAGCAGUGGUGAUGAGAAACAAGAAGGCCGUGACGACGACGAGGAGGCGGAUGGCGGAAGGACCGACACUUCCCCGAAUCGAGGAGAAGAGGAAUGCCUCCUCGCACAAGACCGAGAAGAAGUAGACGACCCACUGGGAGGCGGCUUUGUCCCCGCCGCCCGUGCAAAGAGCGGUUCCGGUGCACUUGCCGAGGCCGAGCAAGCUGGAGCUGGAGCUGCUUUGGAGGACGAAGAGGAGGAGGGCGAGGAGGCGUCGCAGGCCUCCGAGGCCGAAUCCGCCGAGCUUUCGGGAGGGGAGCUCCCAGAAGCCGCAGGUGCUUCGCGCACUCGCUCAGUGCCCAGUUGUCCCUGGGCCGACUUCGCACUUCGCAGCCUUCGGAAGAAGAUGCCCCACCCAGGGACCGCACUGGGAGCAGAGGCCGAGUCCCUGAUCGCUGCCGCAACGGACCCGGACGAGCUGGCGCAGAUGUAUGAAGGAUGGACCUCCUGGAUCUGA